ACUCACUUCCGCAAACAAUGGCUAUACAAAUUGCUGAUCAAGCCCGUUCUUGAUUUAAUGUUGAUUCACUAAAUCGUCUCGAAAAUAACAUGGCAAUUGUCAAGGGUAAGAAAAAGGCCACCGAUAUACCAGAAUGUCCAUACGGAGCGCGCUGCUACCGAAAGAAUCCUCAACAUUUCAUAGAUUUCUUCCACCCUAAAAAAGCCAAAACUUCAGACACAGAGUCAAACUCGGACAGUGGAACGGACGCUACUGACGGUCCUUCGACGUCAAGCGUCUCAAAACUGCCGACAACAGACGAUAGUAGCCUUCCACCGUGCAAGUAUGGGGCAAAGUGUUACCGGAAGAAUCUGAUGCAUUUUGCCGAAUUCUCACAUCCGACCACUGUUGUGGCUUCCGUGCAGAAGUCGGACAGCGGUAGUGACACAGAUGAGAUCUCAGAUGAAGAUGACAAAGACAGCGUGAAGAAGGAUGUAAAGACAUCAGAUAUCCUUAAACGUGGAAUGUCAUUGGUGAAAUCUUACAGUCAGAUGACAGAGGCUGAGAGAAAAGAGCUCAUUAAGAAAGCGUUUGAGGCUAAACAGAAACUGCAGGAAGAGUUGGCGGAGACCAAGGCUGAAGUGAAGAAGAAAGAUGAGGAACUUUCAAAUCUCCAAAAACAGGUAACAACAGGCUUCUUACUGAUGGAAGGGGAAAAGGAAGCACUGGAAGGGUCUGAUGUCAAAUACUUUGAGCUUUUCCCGGAGCGAUCGUAUAAAGAGGGCUCAGCAGCACAGAUGCAUUUCCGUCUUGCUGAAUCACAGUUUUAUAGGCUCCUCUCUGGUUCCUCAAUAAAGUUGACGAAGGUGGAAUAUGUUGUGAACCCAGACCUUGUCGAACAUUUCAAGCUGUGUCGUGAAAAUCUGAAGAAAACACGGGGGGAAGACUGUUCGUAUCCAGUGUUGGCAUUUCACGGGACAACAGAACAAAACAUACCGCUCAUUUGUAAAGACGGAUUUAAGAUACCAGGUGACAGUGGUCACAAGCAUCGCACCGAUACUGGAUGGUAUGGAAAGGGCGUAUACUUCAGUGAAUAUCCUAGCUACUCCAUGGGCUAUAUAGCGGGGUCCCAGAAAAUGCUACUAUGCCAAGUCCUCCCCGGAAAGGCAUACCAGUGCACAAAGCUAAUCCAUGGAGCCUCACUAAUGAAGGGACACGACUCCCAUGUGUCUCCAUGCAAGAAGGAGCUCGUCAUCUUCAACAAGUUCCACAUCCUUCCCCAGUAUAUCGUACAUUAUAAACAAAAUGUGGGCGAGUUCCAGUAUGAUGCAGUUCCUGAUAAGAAGGCCGGGCUGGCAAAGAAGAUAGCAAGUGCGGCUGCCGUGGGGGUUGGGAAGGUGAAGGCUGCAUUAACAGGGAAAGGAACAAAGAAAAAGGGGGGAAAACUCUCUAUUGACGAUCUUACAGACUCGGCACUCAUGGCCAACAAACACGCAAAAGCUAUGAACAUGCCUGCCUCAAAAGCUCUCUCUGGGUAUAAGGUACAGUUUACUGGAGUGUUCAUGGAACCGCAGGCUGGAUGCCAAGCACUUGCUACUAAACAUGGUGCCCAAAUAGGGACCAAGGCUGUAUUCAACCUUCUCGUUGCUGGCAAGGGAGAGUUUGACAGCCAGACAAGUAAAGUUAUUCAGGCAAAUAAAAAGGGGGUGCCUAUUGUUGGAGAAAUGUUCAUGUACGACUGCAUCAUCAACAAGAAGAAACUGGAUGAAUCAAACUACAGUCUCGAGGAUUGAAACUACAACGCGGCAGCCUUGUAUUACCAAACUUCAUGACAGAUUAUAUAUUUCACUAGGAAUUUUGUGAAAAAAUUAGAUUAAUUCUGAUUUUAUUUUUUGAAAAAAUGAAUUUAAAAAACAGCCUGAUUGUGACAAAGUUAUGAAUAACUAAAUACAAUCUAUUUCUCAGGCUGUUAUUUUGAUCAUACUCUGUGGAGUUUAGCUGCAUAUUAUCUACGGUAAAAUUUGAUAACAAUUGUAGAUGGUGAUGCGAAUGGUCUUUUUAUGUAGCAAUAUGUUUGCAAAACUAUUAGCAAACAUUUGACAUGUAGCUGGUGUGACAAUACUUGACAUGUAAAACCACAAGGUUUCAAAUCUUAACAAAAGCUUGCAGUCUUGUAUAUUGGAAUGCUGUACUUUUAAUUUGGAAUAGUCACAUGCUCAGUGGUUAGAUCUAAUGCGACCACUCCAUUGAUUGAACUCAAGACUUAGGCUUGAAAAUCAGGUGCUCUACCAACUGAAGGCAAACUGUGUGUGGAGAUUUAAAAAGAAGACAUCUAUUACUUGCAGGCAUUUCCUGAACUAACCUACAGAUAUAUGAAUUAUUAUAGAAUUGUUCAGAAUGUGUCGAAAUAUAAGCAAUUUGAGCUCCUCUGACAAUUUUUGCAAAAUUAUCACUAGCUGAUUCAAGCUUGUGACUGUUUUUGAUAGUUUAGUUUUGUAUUAAUGUAUGAUGUCUAUAUAUCCCCCCCACCCCCAGAUUGUUUUGUUUUGUAUUAAGAUAUCAUGUGGGUGUAGCCUGCCUCCCCUCUCCCUUGUGAACCCGAAUACUGCUUCAGAUAGGAGCAAACUAUCACUUGAAUGUGGCCCUCACCAAUCUACCAGAAUUAUGACUUCCUUUUCCUUUCUGAAUUUCUAUUUAAGGGUCACACUAGUUUUUAUCUUUACUUUUAUAUAUAUAUGUAUGUUUUGGGUGAUAGUGUCAUUUUUAUCAAUUUUGUUUUUUAUAAACCAUAUAUUUUACAUUUUAUUUAUUUACACCCAACUGUUUUGCCAUAUUGUAUUUUUUAUGUUAACUGUUUGAUCUAUUAAAAGUGCAAACUAAUAAAUUCAGUAAAAGAAAUGUGAAAUUAAUUUGACUGUUAUAGUGUUUUUACUUUAUAAUAUUACAUAAAAAAGCUCAUGCAUUUGAUUUUAGCCAUGCAAUGAAAACUUCA